AUGACGCUAUUAUCAUAUUAUCAGAUAUUUAUGAACAUAAAAGUUUCACAAACAGAUGCUAAGUUGGACGUUUCUCCUACGGAAUUGAAAUGGGAAUUCGAGGAAGGUCAACAAGUUUUCAAAGUCACCAACAACACAAAAGCUCGUUUUGCGAUCAAAGUUAGAUGCACUGACAACGACCUGUACAGCGUCUCGCCAGUGAUGGACUUUGUUGAUGCCGGCAAGUAUCUUACUAUUGCUGUUGUGCGUUCUAAAGGACCGUUAAAGAAGGAUAAAAUAGUGCUUUGCUCAAAACAGGUAACAAUUUUUAGUUUGGAGAGUUAUUUUUCUUACGUAAUGACUUCCGCACAGGUGUCGCUGGAUGAAAAAGAUGCUGCGGAAGCAUUCAAGACGGGAGUUCCAAAUGUUGAUGUAAUCAAGAUGGAUCAACGCAUUAGAGCUUAA